AUGCUUUGGUUUAAAGCACACGUUUCCAGUGCGCUUCUGGAACUAGUAACGAAUUACUCCGUCGAAGAGGUGACGCAGCUUCAUCGUCGCGAUGCAAUCGACCGAGUAAUUGCAACUGUACAUGCACAACGCGCCAUACUAUCGAUCGCCUACUUCGGCGCUAUCAGCGACAUUGAACCUUACAUAACUGCCGGCAAUACAACGCCGAAAUUUGUGAUGUCUCCUGGAUGCAAUGACCCACUGGGCGGUGCUGUGGUGGCAGACAAAUUUAGCAGCAACAUAUUUUAUAUUGCAGUCGGCCAUUUGACGCGUAAUCCCAUGUGGCAACGCAUGAACGAUGUGCUGAACAAUAUACAGAGUCGUGUGCGUGGAUUGUUUGUGGUGCCACGGCACGUGACACGUCGUCAGGUACAUGUCGAUCAGGUAAGCGAGCACUUUGAGUGGUGUUGGCGCAAUGGGUUUAUCAAUGCGCUGGUAUUAGUGGACAACGCAACGGGCGGCGGACACAAAACAUCAUUCGCCGUCUAUGGUUAUGAACGAUUUCCGCAAUUUCGCAUGCGACAGAUGCCCGUGCAAGCGGUGUGGUUCAGCGAUAAAUUGAAGAAUUUCCAUCGAAGCAGCAUUCGCACUACUUAUCUCUACGAUCCGCCGCGUGUUUUUCAACUAAAAACGACACAAAACAAGUUCCAAAUAGUUGGGUAUGCAGCACAAAUGCUAAUGGCGCUCGUCAAGACUCACAAUGCUACGCUGGAUUUGGUGGCGUUAGACAAUUCGAGUCGCUCCAAUAUUAUGAGUAUCGUUGAUCAGAUUCGCCGCGGUAGCUUGGAUAUGUCGAUGAAUCCGUACUUCUUCUAUCCGGGUGUGCGUUUGAGCUAUCCGAUAUGUAUGCAGCAGUUUACUGUUUUGCUACCAUCUAGCGGCGAAAUAGAGCGUUUUCGUUACUUUGUGCGCCCCUUUCAGACACACACGUGGUUCUGCUUUCUACUCGGUCUCUUCUAUUUGAGUUUUAUGCGCCGUUUGUCGGACCGCAUAAAUGCCUAUAGACAUCCACACAUGCGACCGAGCUUUGGACGUGGUUGCCUUGAAGUGUGGCGGCUGCUACUCUUCCUACCUAUCAACAUGCCGAGCGAACGCAAACGCUUUCACUGGCACAACGCAGUUACUCAUUUGCUUACUGCCGUUCUAGGUUUCAUACUCACUAAUCUUUACCAGGCUUCACUUACCAGCUUUCUGGCCACGGCAGUAUUUCGUCCACAAUUGGACACAUUGACGGCACUAAUGAGACACAAUGUUAGCAUAAAUACGAAUACGAACGAAGUGGAGUUCUUACGCAACAGUAGCAGUUUGCCUAGAGACUUCGGGCGGCUGUUGAAACCACGUGAUGCCAUCGAAUUGAGAAAUGAGUUAUUCGCAUUUCGGCCGGACGCUUAUGCUGCAUGUGCAGAUGUGGUGGACUUUACGUUAGAGCAGCAGAAGCAUAUGGACCGUAAGCCCUUGCAUGAGUGUGCAGAAAGUAUAACCACAUUGCCUUUCGGAUUUUUGCUACCCAACCGCUCCCCCUUCGAGCAUAUAGUGAAUCGGUUCAUUUUGCGCGCAGAGGCGGCAGGUUUGACAGUUAAGUGGAUGCAGAGCGCCAAAACUGAUGGAUUUCAUGCGGGUAUAUUACAGAAUCGUAAAAAAAUAUUGCCACUGAAGCGACCAUUGAAUUGGGAAUAUUUUCAAUUCGCUUGGAUUGUGUGGUCCGCAGGACUGCUAAGUGCUUCAUGUGUAUUCGCUUUGGAGAACUUGCGGCAUUACAUGCAGAGACAGAAGCGAAUUAUGGCGCGUCGAUGUCUGCUCUACGUUUUGAGAUUUUUAGAAAAACUUUGA